AUGGAUGACCUGCUUCGAGACAUUUUAGUUUUGAAUUCGCCACAUGAACCGGUACGCACUGCAGCACUACAAAAACCUGAUCCGGCACCCGCAGAUGUUAUAGCUAUAGCCGAAAGCUAUGAAACAACACAGGCCAUGAAAAAGCGGAUGUCAUCUAGCACAGCAGAACGCAGCGAAGUAUUUCAGCUGAAACAGCACCAAGCUGAAAAAAAGCUUAAGCCAAGCGCAAGCAAGAAGGCACAGCGUCUAACGGACUGCGGGAUAUGGAAACCAAUUACGUUCAGCAAAUGGGCACCACCCAUCGUAGUGGUUCAAAAAAAAGACGAGCGUUUGCGGAUAUGCGGUGACUUCAAAGCUGUGAACGCACAGCUCGAGGUAGAUCACUACCCAAUACCCCGCAUUGAAGAACUGUGCCGCAAGCUAAGAGGAGGCACAAUCUUCGCCAAAAUUGACCUUUCAGACGCAUACUUGCAAGUGGGUCUGACCGAAGAAGCGAAGCAGCUAAUGGUUGUUAAUACCCCAUUGGGCUUGUUCCAGUAUCAACGCCUGCCGAUGGGAGUGGCCAGCGCUCCGGCCCUUUUUCAGAAGCUAUUGGAACAAGUCAUUGAAGUAUUCGAGCGACUGCAAGCAUCUGGGUUAAAAUGCCGCAAAUCCAAGUGCACUUUUAUGCAGCGUCGAGUUGAAUAUGUCGGAUUUGUGUUGGAUGCAGCGGGUUGCACGCCGUCUCCAGCUAAGGUUUCAGCUAUAAGUGAAAUGCCGCGGCCUAAAAAUUUGAAGGGACUUCAAGCAUUCCUGGAUAAGGCUGCUCCGCUUAACCAGCUACGUAGGCAAGGCGAAAAAUUUCGGUGGGGAGAGAAGCAAGAAAAAGCGUUUCUAGCUCUUAAGCACCAAUUGAGUACAGCAUCUUUGCUAAUUCAUUUCGAUGACCAGUUACCCCUUAUUUUGGCAACAGACGCAUCUUCGCAUGGAAUAGGAGCUGUUAUAUCGCACAGAAUGCCGGAUGGGUCCGAAAAGCCCAUCGCGUUCGCAUCUAAGACGCUUGACCACCACCAAAUACGUUACAGUCAGAUAGAAAAAGAAGCGCUUUCUAUUGUAUUUGGUGUCAAGAAGUUUCACCAAUUUCUGUUUGGUCGCCAGUUUACAUUGCUCACAGACCACAAACCGCUGGUGUCGAUAUUCAGCCCUGAUAAGCAACUACCGUCUGUGAUGAUACAACGCCUUCAGCGCUGGGCAUUACUGCUCAUGUCCUAUCGGUAUACUAUACGAUAUAGGCCAACGGAUAAGCAUUGUAACGCAGACGCUCUAUCUCGGCUUCCAGUAGGGCCGGAUGCCGAGUUCGACCAAAGUGAAGCAUGCAUGCAGGUCGAAUCUGACCUAACUGCUUCACCACUUAAUGUGCAACAUCUGGCAAACCUAACUGCAAAGGAUCGCACUCUUAAACAAGUGUGGCGAUUCAUCGAAAAGGGGUGGCCUGAGAAGCUUCCAUCGCAACACCGCGAGCUACAGCCGUAUUUUGUUCACCGGCACGCGCUUAGUUUGGAAAUGGGGGUCAUUAUAUUGAGAACAGAGUACACGCGUGUGGUCCUACCGUUGACGGCACAAGCAACCGUCCUUGAAUUGCUGCAUGAAGGACACUGGGGUAUGACGCGUAUGAAGCAAAUGGCGCGUCAACACUGCUGGUGGCCCUCUAUGGAUACACAUAUAGAAAAGAAAGUUUCACAAUGCGAAAUAUGCCAACAGCAAAGUACAUCUUCACCAGCUCGAGCAUAUACAAAUUGGCCUGUAGCUUAA